ACCUGUCUCCCUCUCCGCAGCCAUCCCGCCGGGCCUGGUCAUGCAGAUGGACGUGGUCAACUCGGGGCUGGAGGUCAUCGCGGACAGGGACUUCGGCGACGUCCAGGUGGAGAACCUCAGGCUCAUGUCCAACCACAUCCGCCUCAUCGGGGACAAGGCCUUUGGCCAGAUGAGUUACUCUCUCCGCUCGCUGGACCUGAGCUACAACGAGCUCGCCGGAAUUCCCCGCCAGGCCCUGCGCCCCCUCAGGAGCUUGGAGUGGCUCAACCUCCACGGGAACCACAUCGCCGAGCUGGUGGCUGAGGACUGGUCGAGUCUGCGGGACACCCUGGCGACGCUCUUUCUGGGCGAGAACGACGUCGACCACGUACCGAGAGAAGUCUUCAGCAGGUGCAGGCGACUCAUCUGGCUCAACCUUGAUGUUAACAACAUCCUUACCCUUGAACGAGAGUCCCUCCCCAAAAACAUCCAGACACUCAGCCUGAACCACAACCUUUUGUCGGGCUUCCCUUCUGAGGCAGUGAGCAACAUUCAAGAUUUGACAUGGCUCUUCCUCAGGGGUAAUCUCCUCGAUAGACUUCCGGACACUGGCUUUAUCCUACCCAAGAAACUGGAUAAGCUCGACCUGGGAGAAAACUUCAUUCGUUUCAUCCCCAACAACCUCUUCAAUAACACUGUAACUGCGCGGGACCUUCACCUCGACUUUAAUCUUCUGACCGAAAUACAAGACGAAGCAUUCAAGGGUCUCAACCCUGGGCGCCUCUACCUCUCCGCAAAUAACAUAAUGAAUAUCACAGAACAAGCCUUCUUGGGUGGGCCUGAGCACUCCCUAGUCAUGCUGGACCUGGAGAAGAACAAACUCGAGUCCGUCCCAAAGGCCUUGUCACACCUAAAGAGACUUCGAUAUCUGUAUCUCCCGGACAACAAAAUAGCCGAUAUUAAAGAUGAUGUCUUCCGUUCUUUUUGUGAAUCAAUGGAGGCCCUAAGCCUGUCUGGAAACCAGCUGAAGGCCAUCCCCCGUGCUGCCUUGGAGAACUGCAGCACAAUUGCACACCUCAAUCUGGGGCACAACCAAAUCACGGAAAUCCAUGAGGAUGAUUUUGAUACCUGGGGAGAUAGCCUUGACACUCUCAUUCUAAGGAACAAUCGUAUUUACAGUAUCCCACCCCAUGCCUUUAGAUACACACCAGAGCUUAGAGAACUCAGUCUUUCGUUUAACAGAAUCGUUGAUGUUUCUGCAGAAUCUUUUAUAGACAUUCUUAAUACUCUUGAAGUUUUGGAGAUAAGUUUAGGUUUUUAUAGAGACGAUUUCCCAGAAGAGGUCCUUAAGCCUUUAACAGCACUGCAGUGGAUUGCUUUGGAUAACAAUAACUUCAGAACGAUAUCUGAAACCGCUCUCUACUCCUUUGGCGAGCUUCGAUAUUUCAACAUGGAUUCUAACCGACUUACAUAUAUACCAAAAACUCUCUUUCAUCAGAAUGUACACAAGAAUCUUAGAGAUAUUAGACUGGCUCUCAAUUUCCUGGAGAGAAUUGAGGUUCACACUUUCCAUAAUCUUGUUGGUCUUAGGACUCUCGUUCUAACAGGAAAUAAAAUAAAGACUGUUCACUUCGAGGCAUUCAAAGCCUUACCUAAACUAAGUACCAUUUUGUUAGCAAACAACGAAAUAGAGACCAUAGAACCUCGGGCCUUUUCAGAUCUUCCAAACCUCAUGGAACUUGACCUGCAGCAUAACAAAUUGAAAGAGUUGUCGCUAAAUGCAUUUUCUAACGUGACCAGCCCAACAACACCUCUUGCCCUCAAUAUUUCGUACAAUGAUAUCCAAGAGCUAUCCACGGGGUCAGGACCACCCAUCCUGCUCAAAAGCCUGGAUGUGAGCCAUAAUGCUCUUAAAGAAGUGCCUAUCAACUUUCUCGGAGCUUUUACAUUCUCCAUUCAGCGUCUUGACCUCGGGUACAACCUCAUUAAGAAACUCGACAGCAGCGCCUUUGGGCCUUUGGGCACCCUCCAGAUGCUCAUCCUCGAACACAACGGCAUUAAACAAAUACGUCCUCGUGCGUUUUCCUCUCUGGAAAAAGUCCAGCUUCUUGAUCUCAGUCACAACCACUUGGAGAACCUGCCACCAGAGUGCUUUACUGAUGUUGCAUUCCUGCGUGUGCUUGAUCUCUCCUACAACCAUCUGCGCUCUCUUCCCAAUUCUGUGUUCCGGGGCACACAGCUGGAAACAAUUGGACUUUCACACAAUGAAUUUGUCUCCAUGCCUACUGCGGGCUUCGCAGAGGUGGAGACGACCCUACAUUACCUUGACAUCUCAAAUAACCACUUAGAGCACUUGGACAAUACAAUGUUCUACAGCUUUCCAAACCUUAUCGAACUGAACCUGGCCAACAACCGGCUCACGAUACUACCCGACAACGUGUUCAUCAGCCUCACGAGUCUCAUCAGUCUCGACCUCAGCGGUAAUCCAGUCCGAGCCAAUUUCAAGGAACUGUUUCACUACACACAGAACGUCCAGAAACUCAACUUGGCCAAUAUUGGAUUCAGUUCCUCACCCAUCAUCCCGCUCCCGAAUCUCAAUUCCCUUAACUUAUCAGGAAAUUCAAUGUCAGAGAUCGAAGUCCAGUCAGUUGAGAGUCUGCGUCAGCUGAGGUCGUUAGACUUAUCACAUAAUAAACUGAGACAUGUGAGAUCUCGUCUGUGGAGACAUAUGCCCUUCCUGAAGUUCCUUGAUUUGUCGUCUAAUCCAAUUGAGUCACUGACAAAAGAUAGCUUCGGUGGGGCUGCAAGCAUCGAGACUCUGGUGCUAAGCAAUCUUAACAAGAUCAAACGUUUUGAUUACGAUGCCCUUUCUCAUAUGACGUUCCUGAGAGAACUCUACAUGAAUACCUACCCAAAUAUCGAAAAAUAUAGGUUCCGCGUAGGUCACCUGCUGGCCACUGUUCACACACUUAAGAAACUGCACCUGGAGGUGCGCGAAAACGCCCUUACAGACCAGAUCACG